AUGGAACCGGAUGAUGGGCCAGGCACCAGUCGGGACUGCCCUAUUCCCCAAAAGGCUGUGAAAAGACGCAAAGACUCCUUGACAGUGAAGGCGGCAAAGAAAAUCCGCCAUCUUUUGUCCCCUCAAAAGAGGAAAUUGGUCAAAGAGCAACGGCAAAUGCGGACCAAACAGUCGGGCCAGUGCCCCAUCUGCCUCAAAACCUUGAAGCAUGUGAGCAAGCACAUCCGCGAGUUUCAUCGAAUUGAAAACCCAAGGGAGAGGACGAUAAUCAACGCCAUAUCCACUGGCAGGGUUCACAUCGGAAAGGGACCAUGCCCGGUCCCAGGGUGUGGUCUCUUUCGGAGACGACUCUCCAACCAUAUAGAGGGCCACAUUGAUCUGCUCCCCGGCAGAAGGGAGGCCUACCAGCAGGUAGCCCGCAGGGAUGCCGCCUUGAAGCGGCUGUCGGAGCUGUGGGCUACCGACCCACAACCUCCCAUGGCCUCGGUGUUGGACCUUGAGGACAGCCUUGCCUCUGAAUGCCGGAACCCCUCCUGCAUUCAGAGGGAGUUCAGGAUCCGGGAGUUGGAGAGCACUGACAAGGAGCCAGCCCAGGACGAAGAUGUCCAAGAGUCAGAGCAGUCUGGGGUAUAUGAGCCUAACCCCCUCGACCCAGAGGAGCAAGCGGUCGCCCUCGACCCAGAGGAGCAAGCGGUCCCCCUCGACCCAGAGGAGCCAGCGGUCGCCCUCGACCCGGCGGUCAUUAAUGACCACACCGCCGAGUGUGACUGCUUCCUCUGCUUCCUCUUUACCGUCAUGUGA